AUGGCGCCUCCGAAGCCAAUAGAUAUAGGACCAAUCAUCAACUUCGUCCCGACCAUCCGCCAUGACACAUACCCAGCCAUCGAUCCACUGCAAGCCAACCUCUCCGGCAAAUACGUGCUGAUCACGGGCGCCUCCAAGGGCAUCGGGCGCGCCACUGCUCUCUCGUUUGCCAAAGCAGGCGCCUCCGGUAUCGCGGUGCUGGCGCGCUCCGACCUGUCGUCUCUUGUGUCUGAAAUCUACGCCGCUGCCGAGAAAGCAGGUCGUCAACGGCCACACGUCCUCCCCCUGACCGCCGACCAGACGAACGAGGCCCAAGUCCAAGCGGCAGCGGACAAGAUCGCGACCGAGUUUGGCCGGCUCGACAUCUUGAUCAACAAUGCCGGCUACCUCGAAGCGUGGAAGCCGAUUGCAGAAUCUGACGCGAACGAGUGGUGGAAGACGUUCGAGGUCAACGUCAAGGGCGUCUACUUGCUGGACCGCGCCCUGAUUCCUCUUCUGCUCAAGACCGAGAACGGCGAAAAAACCAUCAUUGUCGUCACCAGCAUGGGCGCCCUCACGGUCGCGCCAGGAGCGAGCGCCUACCAGACGACUAAGCAGACCGUGCUACGGCUGAACAAUUUCCUUGUCGCCGAAUAUGGAGACCAGGGCCUCCUCGCCUAUGCCGCGCAUCCCGGCGGCGUCCUGACCGAGUUAGCCAAGGGCAUGCCAGAGUAUAUGUAUGAUUUGUUGAACGACACGCCCGAACUGGCGGCCGACAUGUUUGUCUGGCUGACAAGGGAGAGGCGCGAGUGGUUGAAUGACAGGUUUCUCCGGGUUAAUUGGGACGUGGACGAAUUGCUGACCAAGAAAGAUCAAGUGCUAGAGAACGAUCUGCUCAGGUACCAGAUGCGCACUUGA